AUGUAGUCUUUUUUUCGACUACGCUAUAUUUAUAGUGCAAAAAGCCAUGUAACGUAAGGCAUUCCCCUCGUGACUGGCGUUCUAAAUACAAGAAAUAGGUGUAGAACAUAAAGUUAUAGAUGCGACCAGUACAUGAUCAUAAGGGUGUUGUUUGGCCGAAACCAAAAUGGCUGCUAUUUGCGUAAUUUUAAUUCUAAGCGCAUGCGUUUCUUACAGACACGGGAAGUUGACGUUGCCUGUAGUAACUACACUGCGUCCUACAAGCUUUCCUUCCCUGCAUCAGGAUUCGCUUGGACAAGAACAGGCAGUCAGCGGGGCUCCUUGCUGUGGGAACUGAAAAACUUUAUGUGGUAACACUUGCUGGUUGUAGAAGAGAACAUGGAAUCUAAUUUAUCCACAGUUGAAACGGAAUAUAUAAAAAAUCUUCAACAACAAAUUUAUUUCCUUGAAAUGGAGGCCAGUUUCCUUCGUGAUCAAACUAAAAAAGCCACAGAUCUUCAACCCAGGCUUACGUCUGAGAAACAGCACAUGUUCAAUAAGCUGCAGGAGGUACACUCUCAAUGUCAUAGUCUUAAACUGGAGGUGAAGAGGAAAGAUGCAAAUUUACUCAUGUUACAAAGAGACUAUGACCAUGUGAAAGCGCAAAUCAGAAAUUCAGAAGAUAUCCAUUCUAAGGAAAAACAGCAGCUGGUUGAAGAAAUUGUUCAGCAAAAGAAAUUGAAAGAUCUUUUGGACCUGCAGAUAUCGCAGAAGGAGAGGGAUAUACUGCAUAAUCACCAGGAACUAGAACGGGAGAUGCUCAGUUUAACUGAUAUGGAACAGAGAGCACGUUCUUUGCAGGCACAGAUACACCAGAGAUCAGAACAACACAAGUCAGUGGAGAAAGAGCUGUCAGAAAAGAGAACACAGCUUCUAAAAGUGAAUUCAGCCAUGCAUGAAAAGGAAGAAAUGUUGCUUAAACACACUGCAGAAACACAGCAUCAAAUCGCACUUGAUCUAAGGAAUGAAAUAAGUUUUCUUCAUCAGCAAGUGCGUGAGAAAGAGCUGCUGUCUGAGCAAGAUAUCUUACUGAGAAGCAAAAUGAUGAGUGAUUGUUCUACACUGGCUGCUGAAAACAAUGCACUGCAGUCCAAGCUGCAUGAACUAAAUAAACAACUGGAAACUCACAGGACACUUAAAGAAGAUAAUUAUUCCCGUGAUUCUUCCAGCAUUGCUCAGCUUCUUAGUGUAAAGGAUAAAGAAGAACAGCUAAACAGAGAGGUCAAACAGCAGAAAGAACUUUUGAAGUUAGAGAAAGACAAUUUCAAGAAUAUUAUGGAUCAGUUGUCCAUGCUCCAAAGUGGAAAUACACUUCACAGCUAUACUGUUGCUUCCGUCAGUAGCGGGAUUGAUGAGCUGAAAGUCAUGUUGGCCAAAGAAGAGCGAAUUAAUCUGGAACUGAGAAAAGACAAGGCUUUACUGGUUGAUCAUAUUUCUAAUUUACAAACUCAGAUUGCAGAUAAGGAUGCUGAGCUACUUUGCAUUUUUUCAAGAAUAGAGGAGAUUGAAAAUGGCAUGAAAACGCUAAAGUCUGAGCAAGAACUACACAGAUCAAUGCAAUCAACAAAAUGGAAGGAGAUCUCCGAUAUGGCUGGUUCAAUGAAAACCCUGUCCAGGUCCCUAGCUGAGUCAUAAAUUUGUAUUGGAAAAUAUAAUCACCAUUGUAAUUGUGAUGAUCCUAACCCAUCACUUUUAAUUCCAAUGAAUGAUGAUUAUGAUGAUGAAUAUGCUGAAGUGAAUCCAAAUCCCAAACAGUAUGUUCAGAUUUGCGCAAAAUCCAGAACAUUGCAUUUGAAAAAAAUCAUUAUUGCCUUUGAUUGUACCAGUUUAGAUUUCAUUCACCUGAAUACAUUGAUGGUAUGCUAGGAUUCACCAUGCGCUGGAUUUUGUGUAUACAGUAUGUGUAUUAAAUAACAUAUUUCUAUACAUUCUUUCAUUUAAAAUGGAAUUCAGUCAUAUCCAGUUUGACAAAGGCAAACAACUCAUACCAAACCUCUUCAAACUUCAUGUCCUUAGCCUUAAAGGAAUUGUUCAGUAAAAAAAUAAAAAAUAUAGUCAGGCAAAAAUGUAAUGUAUAAAGGCUGGAGUGACUGGAUGUCUAACAGAACAGAACUCUACUUCCUGCUUAACAGCUCUCUUGGCAUCUAUUUCUAUUCCUUUAAAAGAUUGCAACCUACAUACAGUAUGCAAAUCUUCCAAACUAAUGUCAGUAUCUAGACUUGUAGCACACUUGAGAGAGUGAUAAUUUACCCUAGCUUACUACUACUAUGAUCUUCAUCCUAUAAGACGACUUUAGUUCCAGGAGGUGCAUCCAAAUCCUACAAAGGCAUGUCUCAAAAAUAUUUCUGCAAAGGUUCUUGUUCAUCCAGGUCAUGGUAUAUCUAUAGUAAUAUGUUAAGUGAACUGGACUUGCUAUAUUUUCGUUUUCCUUGAAGACAUUUCGCUAGUCAUCCAGCUGGCUUUCUCAAUUUAGAAUGACCUUUACAAAAAUAUUUGGUUAUAUACCCUGGAAUCUUACUCCAAUCAGAAUAAUCUUCUUAGUAAAACCAGCAUGGGGUCAGAGACCUCAUGGAGGCAAAGUGUUGAUUGUAUUAGCAUGACUCAGUUCUGUACCUACAUCUAAAGGAAAAAGGACACAAGUUUGAAGACUGCCAAGUUCACAUUCUGGACAGGGAGGGGGAUUGGUUCAAAAGGGGAUCAAAGAAGCCACAUAUGUGAAAAAGUGGGGGUGAUUAGUUUUUAAAAGUUGAUUAGGUCAUCCUGUUCCAUUGCUGCUAAUAUAGGACUCCAAAAAAAGAUUUAUCAAAAGUGAAUAUAGCUUCCCAUUUCCAUUAUUUUAUGUUUUACAAGGCAUAAACACAGUAUAGUUAUAUAUUAGAGUCAAUGAAAAUGAAUACUGCGCUAGAAGUUUCAAAGCACAUUUGAAAUUAGGUUUUUGUCUAAAAGCUUACAAUAUAUUGGGAAGAGGAGUCCAACUGAAAACAAAUGGGUUCAGAUAAAAGCAAAAUGAGUAUUUAUAUUUAAUAUUGUACAGAAAUCCAUAAACAUUUAAUACUGUAUGUUAAAGAAUGGCAAAUUAUGUUCUGUGCAAAGUAAAGUGUAACCAAGCAUUUCAGUUUAUUUUUUGUGUAGGCAGGUAAGGAGAAAAAUGAAAAUGAAAGGGCAGGUUACCAUGGUAACUAUAAUGCAUAUGUUUGCCUACAAAAUGCUCUAAUUGUUCUAUUUCUUCUGUACUUUGCUCUGUUAUACCAUACAUUGCUUGGAAAUUUCGUAAUUCAUUACUGUAUACUGAAAAGGUUUCACAUAGUUGUUAAUAAUUAGAUCUCUGGUACAUUUUAUUAAAUAAGAGAAAAUGGGAAGCCCUGUGUUACUAUUAGCAGGGGCAGUGCUGUGUGCAAAAACUUACACCAUAUAGAAAAUGCUUGAACCUUGUAAAUCUACAUUACAGCUGUCAUUAACCAAGAGUUAAGUCCAGAGGUCAAUUAUGCACUGUGCCCUCGUGCUUUUUGAUGCAAUUAAAUGAAGAGCAUGAAAGUGAAGAUCCAUUCCCUGUAGAAUAAUGGACACAUUUAGGCACCUUUAUCAAGGGUAGCAUUUUGAAUUUAUGUGAGACUCCCACAAAUCAUUAAUAAAAUCGAAUUUGUUAAACUCGACCCGAAAACACAAAUCGAAUUUAAUUAAAUCAAUUAUAAAAACUCGAUUCUAAUUUAAAAGACUCGAAUGUCAGGAAGGCUACAAACAUCACGAAAUUGAUCCCUGGACCUCUCCAAUUGACGUAUACAGUAAUUUAGCAGGUUUUAGGUGACAAAUAGUUGAAUUCACAUUCUUAAAGGACCAGAGUAUGAUAAAUCUCCAAAUUAAAAUUAAAACUCAAAUAGAGUUUUGAUUAUUCACAUUUGAGUGUUUUGACGAAAAAAAAAUUUGAAUUUGAAUAUUCACUUCGACCCUUAAUAAAUCUGCCCCUUAGUGUUGGGCACAGAAUUUUGAUGCAUACAAAACUAAAAAUUUAGGAAACACACUCUGCAUAUACAUUAUUGCCCCUCUGAGGCAAAUUGGAGAGGCUUCAGAUGGGUUUUUUUUUUACUUCCUAUAUUCAAUAUAAUAGCAGUUAGGCAGGUUAAAAAAGUUAAAAUGUUGAACUUGAUGGACUUGCGUCUUUUUUCAACCUAACUUACUAUGUAUAAGCACUUAGUAAAUGUGAGACAUGACCUCAAUUUGAAUGUAAUAUUCUCCCCAUCAAAGGACAGCAGAAGUCCUAAAAACUGCUAAAUUAUCAUUUAAGUUAUACAGUAUGUACCAGCUCCCAUGUACAUCAGCGCUAAUCAAGCUCAUUAAUCCUUUAAAUACCACAUACUGCUCGUACAUUAUAAAGACAGUGCUCCCAUGGCAUUUAGUACAGCAGACCUAUGUUGUCUGAUCAAGGAGACUAAUGAAAGAAAUGCAACAUUUAGUUUAAUUUGUGUCCAUUAGUCCAUUAAAUCUAUAAGGUAG